UAUGUGUGUGUGAGGGAGAGAGAGAGAGAGAGAGAGAAGGAGGGCAAAGCUUCAGUUUCUGCCCUGCUGCUGCAAUUUUUGACGAGGACCAUCCUUCUUUCUUUUUCGUUUUUUAAUUAUACAAUACAAAUAUCCAACCGCCUCCCACCCCCAAUUUCAUCUUUCCUGGAUUUUUUUUUAAAGAGGGGGCAGGAAAAAAUAUGUCGGUCUGUUUUGUAGAAACUGAUCAAGACUCGGUGGCGUUGAAAGCUUUCCAGAAGAUGUCCAGUGAUAGACAAAGGUCAGAUGAUGAAAGCCCAAGUACCAGCAGUGGUAGUUCAGACGCAGAUCAGAGGGACCCGCCAGCACCUGAGCCUGAGGAGCAGGAAGAAAGGAAACCUUCUGCAACACAGCAGAAGAAAAAUACCAAACUCUCCAGCAAAACUACUGCUAAGCUAUCUACUAGUGCUAAAAGAAUUCAGAAGGAGCUAGCCGAAAUAACCCUGGAUCCACCUCCGAACUGCAGUGCUGGGCCUAAAGGUGAUAACAUUUAUGAAUGGAGAUCUACUAUCCUUGGUCCCCCAGGUUCUGUAUACGAAGGUGGCGUAUUUUUUCUGGAUAUCACAUUUUCAUCUGAUUAUCCGUUUAAACCACCAAAGGUUACUUUCCGAACUAGAAUCUAUCACUGCAACAUCAACAGUCAGGGAGUAAUCUGUCUGGAUAUUCUGAAAGACAACUGGAGCCCUGCUUUGACUAUUUCAAAGGUUUUGCUGUCUAUUUGCUCCCUCUUGACAGACUGCAACCCUGCUGAUCCUCUGGUGGGAAGCAUAGCUACUCAGUACCUGACCAACAGAGCAGAACAUGACAGGAUAGCCAGGCAGUGGACCAAGAGAUACGCAACAUAAGCGAUGUCGACUACUUGGCGCAGUGUGAAGGUGCGGGGAUGCAGCUUUGCAGUGCGCAACCAAACUUUAUAGCCUUUACAAUACGGACUUCUGUGUAUAUGUUAUACUGAUUCUACUCUCUGCUUUGAUCCUUUUGAAGAUGGGAAUCCUGCUUUCUCUCCCUCCUUCCCCUCCCCAGCCACCUCCCCAAAAGGUAAAUGCUGUCAAGAGUAGAACUUUGUAGCUGUAGAUUAGUUAUGUUUAAAAUGCCUCCUUGCAAGUCUUGCUUCUUUGGGAUAUCAAAAUGUAUUUUGUGAUGUAACUAAGGAUACUGUUCCUGAAGUCAACCAAAUAUAAUAGUGCAUUUUAGCCUAAUUCAUUAUCUGUAUGAAGUUAUUAAAGGUAGCUGUAGAUUACUAGGAAUUACGUCAUUUGUAUUAAGACCAGAUCUAUUUCCGAUAUGUGGUACAUGCUGUUGUGAAAAAUGUUUAAAACUUUUACCUUUGUCAGUUUGUAAUGAAAAGGAUUUCUUUUAUCCUUGUCCCCUCUCAUCGCCACCCACCUUGUAGCUCAGAGAGCAUCCAGUGUAUCAUCUCAAACACAAUAAACAUGUUCCCCAAGGAAGAGCUUCUCUGUUUUCAUAUUUGAAAUUAAAAUGUGGGCAUAGCCAAUAGGACUGUUUAUAUACAGAUCCUUGUGCAAAGCCAGCAUAAGGCGGGAAGGGCCCACUCAGAAGGCCUGGCAGAUUAUGAUGCUUGUGGUUUGCCUCUACCAAUACUGCUUAAGGCCAAACUUCACAGAAUGCUAGAAUCACCUGGCAUUUGUAGCCACAGACCUGUGUAGAAAUAGAUAAGCUAGAAUGGCAACUUCUUAAGGCUUAAAAAGGAUGGAUACCUUCCCUCACCAUCUCUCCCCUCCCCUCAUCACUAUCUUAAGUCACUGUUACCUUGAAAGAUUAACCAGUCUGGUGGUGGUAGAGCUGAUCAUCAUCAUCAUCAUCAUCAUCAUCCCUGUAAAAUUCACAUAGUAGCAUCCACCACAAAGGUGAAAAUCUGUUCUCAGGCAGAAAGAGAGAUGGAUGUUUCAGCUAAAUCUAUAGAAUGAUAACGUGCAAGGAUGUGGCGAGGGCCAACCAGAUUUAGGACCACAGCAUGAAGCUCCAUUAACCUUGUCCCCCUUACCUUCUUCCUGAUUUAAAAUAAAAAAAGUUCCCGAUAGUCUUGAGGAACUUUUGCUCCCCAUUCAACAUUAAUAGUUGCUACUAUAGUUUGGGGAGAGGGAUACAGUUUCCUUUAGGACCACAGUGAAAGGCAAUAUUAAGUCACUCCUCCUGCAGGCUCUGCAAUCUCCCAACAACUGCAGGCAACAAAUUUAAUCUCAUGUGUAGAUUGACCCCCCGCUUUUUCCUUAAAGGAAAAACAGAAUUGUUGAGCUGCAACUGAUGCUUAAUUGUUCUCCACUGCAGCACAAAAGGCUUCGACACAGUGGGCAAAUAGUGCAGACCACAAUUUGCCAAGUGUAGCACCCUGAUGACUUGCCACAAUCUGAUAAGCUGUUCAUCUCCGAUUGCCGGAACAAAUGUUUCGGAGCCUUUUCUGCACUUCUGCAUCUGAUUAGAACCUGAAGAAGUUAAGAACUGUGAUUCAGUUCUUCUCUCACUUGAUACCUAGCAGCUGAUGGAGACAUGACAUGUGCUCUACUGUCAGUUUAUUCUUAAUUAGUCAAUUGAGUCUUGGCCAGUGAGGGUACAGCUGAUAAGGCCACUGAGUAUAGUCGAUGGUGGGCAGGGGAACCUUGCUAUUUUAUGGCUCCUCCAGGAUGAAUGAGCAAAUUGCCAAAAUUCCUAUUGGAUUUCAGUCUCGCACCCACCUCUGUAAUUUACCAUAAAUAACUCAGUUUUUGUAACAUAAAAAUGAAGAAGUUUUCAAACCUGUGAGCUAAUUUGGGAUCUUGCCAAUCUUUUCUAAUUUAUGGGAGAUGUCCACGGCUCCAGUGCUUUAGAUGUAGGUUUAAAUUUCAGAAUAUGUUAAACCUGUCUUCCAAAGCAGCACAAUUGCAUGAUAUGCUUAUUUGCUUAUCCAAGUGUCAUAAACAGUGUCAUAAAACUUUAAGAGAGGGUUUUUCUCAAUGUGGGCAGCAGUAUAUAAAUAAAUUAAAUAUUAAUCUGGAACUAAAGAAUUUUUUAAAGGAAAACACAACUGAGACAAAACACACCUUUUAUAUAUAAAACACAGGUUUAACUAAUUGGUAACUCUAAACACAAGAUAUGAAGAAGGCCUUUCUCCAUGUCUUUCCAUGUGAAAUGAAUGGGAUCUCCAAAUAGUCUUGUAUAAUGUUCAGGUGCCUGAGUAAGGACUGCACGUAAUAAUGCUUCCAUAUAGAUAGAUGAUAGAUAGGCUGCAUACUUUUUGGUUAUGAAAGCUUGAUGGAAACAUUACAUUUGCAAUGAGAUUUUCAUCACAAUCUGCUCACUGCCAGGGUUGAUUGGCUGUCCCACCAGGCAAAAUAGGGAAGUGUGCAUUACGUGGAUAGUUUAGUCCACAGCACAUGUUAAAUAUUAACAUUCCUUCCUUCAUUACAUGACCAACCUAUGUUUAUGCAGUCAAAACAGCCAAACACGGCAAGCCAUUCACCCAGAAAGAUAAUUUGUGUUUCUGUUACAGAUAUUCCUUAUUAAAUAUUUUGCAGACUUCUAGGUUUAAUCUCCACAAAACUAUGGUGCAUGGGGGCGGGGGCUGUUUAAGCACUUCUGUCAAACACUUGUGUCCUUUUUGCAUAUUUGUGGCUGGAGCUCAGCGUUUUUAUCAUGCAGGGUAUUAACAAAGUAUAGAGGCUUAAAGGUGUGUGAGGUUUGUCUGUAAGACCUAUGACCUCAGAAUAUGACACCUAGAGCACUGUCAUUCAAGACAUACCAGCAUGUUCUGCAAUACAGCUCAAAUGACAAACUACCCUAAUUAUCUCCCACCCCAAAGCCAUUUUACCUGGAAUUUUGAGGGUUUAUUAACAGCCCAGGUCCUAUUUCAGAUCAUGAAACAAACCCAGAAAACAGAACACCUGUUUGGUAGAGCAAUCCCUUCAGCAGGCAAUUGGUAGAGGCAAUCCAUUUGACCUAUACCUUAUUGGCUAGUUCUCAUGGAAGUGUCAAAGGUAUUUCAGGGCUGUCCUGCCUCAAAUUUUAGAAGGAGGCUAUGCUACCUGCUGCCCGCUCCCAAAACAGCUUCUUCCACCAGAAAGUUCAACAACGAAAGAAAACAUUCCAGCCUAGCACUAUCACCAACGUUCUUGAUUUCUGGGCCCUCUGCAUAUGGAUGAACUUUCUUGCAUGGAGAAGCAUUCAGUCAUGAUUCCCAACUGAUGUCUACAGCGUAAAUUCAAUUCACCUUUAACACCUCUGUGAGAACAGAGCCUGUAGCUCAUCUUGUAAGGAGAGAACAGAAGGUAUACAUGGGAAAACGUUAGGGUACAGUUUAUAGGGCACCUUUGCUAGUCGUCCUCCAUUAAUUUCAGGGGAUCUCCAGAAUUCCCACUGAAAUGAGUGGAAUUUAUGGGGCAUACAUACUUGGUACAUUCGUCUUAUAAGUUAGGAGAAGAAAGUAUGACGGUUUCCUGGCAAGUAGGCUGCAGGGAGAGACUCCAAAGAUCUUGCUGGUUCCUAUUGAAAGGUAAAACGCAUUGGUAUAUUGCAUGUCCCAUAAAUUUACAAAAAGUGGCAAAAUGUAUAUUUCACUUAUUAGAUAUGGGACCUGCGAAGCUUUCAAAUAUUUAUAUCACAUAAUAUAUAGUAUAAUUAACAUCGUGUUCUUGUUUUUUAAUGCACUGAAGUUUCAGAUUGCAGAAAAUUUGAAAUAUGAAUGGGAUGCCUUCUCAAUAUUGCCCCCGUUACCUUCUUUACUAAGAUUAUAUUAUUGAUUCUAAAAUUUCCUUCCUGUCAUCAGUUUGUCAACACCUUGUUCCUUUUCAUGUUGCUUUUUCUGUCUGUAAAUUUUAUAUUUACUGAAGUAAGAGAUGGGGGGGGGGGUUGUGUAUACAUUUAAACUUAAAAAGAACUUAAUUUUGUUUCUCAGCUUUUCUCUGCUUACACCAAGCAGUAGAAAGAAAUUUGUAUUGUUAAAUAAAUCAAUUAGUUGUUAAAUGAGAA